UUCCCAUCCUGUCAUUGCACCGCGAAGAGGCAAUGGAUGUUGGAUGGAAAUUAUGGGUCAGAGAUUAGUUUUAUUAUUGGGCGAAAUUUUAUUAAUUUACGAAGGAUAUAAUGAGCUGAUGGAUGAUUCUUAAAGAUAAACAAACAGAUACAUUUGUUUGACAAAUAGAUAUACCUUAUUCUUUACUGUCCUAAUGCAGUAGUCUUUAUGCCGGUGUCAAGCUACGUACGCAGGCCAGCGAUUCAACGAGAGAAGGACAGUACAUUGAAAUUGACUUUCUUUCAGGGCACUCCUUUUAUUUCAGACCUGUCAGUCUGGUUUCUCGCUAUAGGUUCAUUACUAUAUUUACCCUAUAGAAGUUAUUUAAAGAUACCGCUUAGAAUUAAGAAAACGCAUAGAAUUAAAAGAGAGGUCGGAGGUUUAAAGUCGUAUCAAGGAUUAAACGUGUUAAUUAAUUAUUUGCAAUUUUACUGCACCUAAUUGUACCUACAUUACCUAAUUUACUGAAGAGAGCAAGUUUGUAUGGUACAGUAGUUACAUUCAACAGGUUUAGGAACAUGAGGGUUGCAGUGAUUAUCAGUUUCAACCUGGUUUUCAGUAUUGUGGACAUUGUGGUCACCACAGUCUUGUAUGUCCAUGGAUCAAGUCUUGAUAUAUUUGCAGAUGAAAUAGAGGGCUUUGACAUACACCGCUCAAUGCUAGACUUGUGGGGAAUGGUUGUCAUACGUGCCACUCUUCUUUAUGGUGCCUCCAUUGGGGUGUUCUGCAACAGUAGAGAUGGCCCAGGGAGGGUAUCAAACCUGGGAACACUGGUUGCUCUCAUCUGCCUUACAAAUAUGACUUAUGCUCUGGCCAAGUUGUUGAUGCUUUCUGAGGAGGAAGCUCUAAUGUAUGACCCCUGGUUUCUAAGUUUGUUCUGCUGGACUUGUGUGGCAGCUAUUGGCACCAUGACAUUAUGGAAUCUACUGGCAAAUACUCCCAAUGCUGUUUCUGACAGGGAGGAUUGUGAGGAGACAGAGAGGUUGGUGGAUGGCAUUGAGACGGAAGACGAGUCCAGUGAGAAGAGCAGAAAAUCAAAGAAAGAGGAUUCUCAUUCAGGGGCCACAAUUGGCCGUUUGUUGUCAUACUGUAAAAAGGAUUCUGCUUUGCUGGCCAUUGCGUUCUUCUUUCUUCUCCUCUCUGCUGUGUGUGAAGCCUUUAUACCUUAUUACACGGGGAAAGCAAUAGAUGGCAUAGUUAUACAUAAAAGCAUGGAUACUUUUUCCAAGCCAAUGAUUACUCUCACCGUGUUGGCAUUGGUCAGCUCCAUAGCCACUGGAUUCCGUGGAGGAGUCUUUUCUAUUACAUUUGCCAGGUUGAACAUCCGGCUCCGGAACCUUCUUUUCAGAUCACUAAUGCAUCAGGAAAUUGGUUUCUUUGAUUCCAACCAUACAGGUGACAUCACCUCUAGACUUACCUCAGAUACUACUCAGGUGAGCGAUUUGAUCUCACAAAAUGUGAACCUGUUCCUGCGUAGCUUUGUGAAAGCUCUGGGCAUCUUCAUGUUCAUGUUUGGCAUGUCCUGGAAGCUGACUCUAGUCACCAUUAUGGGGUUCCCUUACAUUGCUGUAGUGUGCAAGCUUUAUGGAGAGUAUUACAAGAAAUUAACCAAAGACGUUCAAACAGCACUGGCCCAGGCCAAUAAAGUGGCAGAAGAAACAAUAUCAGCCAUGAGGACAGUGCGAAGUUUUGCUAAUGAGGAUCAAGAGAGUGACUCAUACUACAGCAGACUGCAGGAGAUGUUCGUUAUUAACAAGAAGCAAGCAGUUGCCUACGCCUGUUACAUGUGGUCCAGCUAUGUCUCCGAGCUGGCCUUACAAGUAACAAUCCUAUUUUAUGGAGGCCACCUGGUGAUGACAAAUCAAAUGAGUGGGGGGACCCUCAUUUCCUUUAUCAUCUAUGAGCUGGAACUUGGAGAGGCCCUGGAGAGUAUAUCAUCAGUGUACACUGGUCUGAUGCAAGGCGUUGGCGCUGCAGAGAAAGUGUUUGAAUAUAUUGACAGAAAACCCAAACAUUCCCUUGAUGGUCAAGAAGCUCCAGGGACAUUUGAAGGGCAGGUGGAAUUUAAAAAUGUGACAUUUGCCUAUCCAACAAGGCCAGAGAUGGAUAUAUUGAAGAAUGUAUCCUUCAGUCUUCGCCCAGGGCAAGUAACUGCACUGGUAGGGCCCUCUGGUGGUGGAAAAAGCUCAUGCGUGUGUUUACUAGAGAACUUCUAUGCCCCUCAGCAAGGCCAAGUGCUAGUGGAUGGCCGACCUGUGAACGCCUACCAGCACAAGUAUUAUCACUCUAAGGUGGCACUGGUAGGUCAGGAGCCUGUUCUAUUUGCCCGAACUGUACAAAUGAAUAUCUCCUAUGGUUUGCCUGAAGCUCCCAUGGAGGCAAUCAUCAAAGCUGCCAUUAAUGCCAAUGCACAUGACUUCAUAAUUGGCCUCUCCGAAGGCUAUGACUCUGGGGUUGGGGAGAAGGGCACUCAGCUGUCUGGAGGACAAAAGCAGAGAGUUGCUAUUGCCCGAGCUCUCAUCAGAAACCCUUGCAUUCUCAUUUUGGAUGAAGCCACAAGUGCACUGGAUUCAGAGAGUGAAUACAUUGUUCAGCAGUCUCUGAGCAACUUAAUGCGAGACCACACGGUUGUAGUGAUAGCUCACAGGCUGAGCACAGUGGAGAGAGCGGACAACAUCCUAGUGAUUGACAAAGGCCUUUUGGUGGAGCAGGGCCGUCAUGCUGAACUCAUGGCCAGAGGAGGCCUCUACUUCAAGUUGGUGCAGAGGCAGAUCCUGGGGACUGAGGUAGAAGCGGAGGAUCACAACCCACCCCCAGCCCCACUCUGGGAACUGAAGGAAGAAGAUAAGGGAAGUGAAGAGGACUGUAGUGACACUGAGCAUGAAGCACAAUACUAAGAGGGUUGAUAUGUUCUCAUGUUUGAUUUUUUUAUGGUAUCUUAGGAUAUAAUGUAUUACAAUGUAAUAGAAAGAGUGUGUUUACUAGACUGGGAAACUACUUUGGAUUAAGCUUUAUGCAAUAAACACUCAAAAUACUUGA